AUGCACGUCUUAAUUGAAGGAGUCGGAGAAAUUGUUUGUCGAGCAUUUCUUCGUUACUGUAUUGUCGUAGAAAAAAUAUUCACUCUUGACCAGUUAAAUGAAAAUAUAGAAAAUUUUGAUUUUAAACAUUUUCAGAAUGACAAGCCAGCUUUAAUUUUGAGUACUCAUCUUACUGAAGAAGGUCACCUUCGACAGAGUGCAGCACAAUUUUUAGCUUUAUUUUAUGCUCUGCCAUUUUUAAUAGGAGAGUGGAUUGUAGAAAAUAACGCGAGUGAGCUAGAAGAACAAAUUUCUUGUUACAUGCAAAUGUUGGAUAUUAUUAAGCUUAUGAGAUUCAUGAAGAUACAGUUGAUUACUUAG